AUGUCUGCUGUUAACCCUUCUGACCUGGUUUCACUGAAGCCAGCUUUCUUCAUCCACUUGGAUCUGGCUGAGCCAGAUGCCGUCGUUAACAACGCAAAGGGCACCGAGACCGUGGUGAUGGUUGACGGGGGUUACGCCAAAUCUGUUGACCCUGAAACAUAUCCAUUGGACUUGGAGAUCACCAAGGGAUGGGACAUUCUGAGAACCUUUGCUGAUAAGCCAGAGGUAACCAACCUGGAUUGUGAUCUCUGGGGUAAAUCGAAGUCCAACGGAGCUGGUGUUCACAUCUGGUACGAUGGUGUUGUUGUCAUGAAUGAGAAGGCCCUUGCGGUUAUCCAAGGUGGAGCCAAGGGAUUCGACCACAGAGAGGCUUACAUCACUAACCAUCCUUCCUUCCAAUUUGGUGAAGGUGCUGUUGAAGCCACAUGGGCUAAAGGUAAGAACUUCUUGGGUAGAGGUAUCUUCAUCAGAGAUGACGCUGGAAAGUUGGGUAUUGAGUACUACGUCUACGUCUUGGAAUAG